CCGGCCGUAGUCAUGUCGGCCUCUCUGCUGCGGCGGGGCUUGGAGCUGCUGGCGGCGUCCGAGGCCCCCCGGGCCGCUGCCGGCCAGGCCCAGGCGAGCGGGGCCCCGGACAAGCGGGCCCGGAAGGCGAAGGCCGCCCGGACGCAGAGGCUGCGGAACUCGGCCAAGGGGAAGGCGCCCAAGUCGGCUCUGGCCGAGUACCGGAAGCGAGAGUGCCAAGACCACCUCAGGGCAAACCUGAAGUUCAUGACCAGCGCCAGGAGCCCCGUGGCCGAGUCCAUGAGCCAGCAGAUCCUGCGGCAGAACCGAGGCCGCAAGGCCUGUGACCGGCCCGUGGCCAAGACCAAGAAGAAGAAGGCGGAGGGCACGGUGUUCACGGAGGAGGACUUCCAGAGGUUCCAGCAGGAAUACUUUGGCAGCUAGGCUCCCUGGGACCCUGGGGACUGGGGCUCGGGCCCAGCCUCCUCCAGCUGCCCUCCUCUGCUGGCCCACACCCUGCCGUGUGCGCCGUGCACCGCUUGGCCAGGAGGUGGCGAUGGAGAACCAACCUGGCUCUGGGAAGCCCUGGGCCUGGAGCGCAGGGAGGGUGGAGUGGAGCUGGUGAGGGGGAAGCCCUGGGGGGAUUUGCACAGGCCUGGCCUGGACGUCCACGAGUUAGGGAUGGACGCUCACAGCACCUGCACCUGCUGCAAAGACGUUUCUGUUUUGUUUGCUUUGGCUGGGAGGUGCCCCUGGGCUGUUGGCUGUGGAGAGAGGCCAGUUACUGGCAGCCACACCUCCCAUCUGGGGUGGGCUUCCGGGUUUUGAUAAACGUGGGCCCAGGAGCUGUGUGUGUGCUGCUGCCUCCCGUCUGGCACCGGGCGCCUCCGUGCCCCA